AUGAGCUUCAGAGACGCGCUAAAAGUGUACAUACUCAAUCCUGCUGACUACCCAGAGGAUGUUGUCUUCCAUGAUGAUGAUGUUGUGAUUAUACAGGAUCGAUUUCCUAAGAGCCAGUGCCAUUAUUUGGUUUUGACCCGGAAUCUUUCAGAAUCCAAAAAGAGGCCUUGGGCUUUGAGCCCAGAGCUGAAGCUGAAGCUACAGCCGUACAUAGAUCGGGCUUCGAACCAUGUAUUUGAGUCAUUUAUCAAAGAGUUUAAGUGGAAAGGGACGAAAGUUGCACCAUUCGAGAAUAAGUCGCAAUUCCACAACAAAAACUACUUCAUUGAGAAUUUCACUCAAGUGGGCGUUCACAGCGUUCCAUCGCUGAACAAUCUACACAUUCAUGUCAUGACUAAAGAUUUCCAUUCCGAUAGGCUCAAACACAAAAAACACUACAACUCAUUCAAUACCGAGUUUUUUGUCCCUUGGGACAAGCUCCCACUAGAAAGCGUGGAUGCUAAGUUUAUGGAGGAGACAGUACUCAAAAAGAGAGACUUGAAGUGCUGCUAUUGCAACGAAAAUUUCAAAAAUAGGUUUUCACAACUGAAGUUGCACCUUGACCACGAAUUUACGAAAAGGUUUGCUAGAUGCUCUAUGUAG